AUGACCGUCCUCUCUCGUCCCAGGAACCUCGUAGCCGGCGCUGCCGUCCUCGUUGCCUCCUUCUCCGUGCUUUCGGCCCGCCGCGCCGCUCAGGUGGCCUCGCGCGAGGCUGGCGGCAAGAUUGUCCGCCCCGAACGCAGUGGCGGCGGCAUCUGA